AUGGUUAUGGCAACAGUUGCCGUCGAUCACAUCGCACCGGUUAUAUUUGAAAAUAACCACAAUUUUGACCGUGUCAAAAAGAAUUCCUUCUUUGACACUCAGCAAAAUGGCGCCUUGUUAGGCAAACAUUUGAUUGGGGAUGCUCUCCGCCGCCGCGUGGAGAGCAUUGACCAUGAAUCCUGUGAUCCAGGCGACGAAGACACGUUCUUCGUGGGCGAUCUCGGCGAGGUCUAUCGCCAACACAUGCGUUGGAAGAAGAAUCUUCCUCGUGUGAAGCCUUUCUAUGCCGUCAAGUGCAACCCUGACCCUCAGGUCAUUAAGCUUCUCGCGGGUUUAGGCACUGGCUUUGAUUGCGCUUCCAAAUCCGAAAUUGAACAAGUCUUGGACUUGGGCGUUGAUCCCUCCCGCAUCAUCUACGCCCAGCCGUGCAAGACCAACUCGUACGUGCGCUAUGUCGCCAACCAAGGAGUCAAGCAAAUGACCUUUGACAAUGCCGAUGAGUUGCGCAAGAUUGCCAAGCUCUACCCUGGCGCUGAGCUCUACUUGCGCAUCUUGACCGAUGACUCAUCCAGCUUGUGCCGCCUUAGCUUGAAGUUCGGAGCUUCCCUUGACUCCACUGAGGAGCUGCUGGCACUAGCUAGAGAUCUUGGUCUGAACGUUGUAGGCGUGAGCUUCCACGUCGGCUCCGGUGCUUCGGACCCGCUCGCCUUCCUCAAGGCUGUGCAGGACGCUGCCCACGUCUUUAAGCAGGCCGCCACUUUUGGGUACGAUCUGAAGACCCUCGAUGUCGGCGGUGGCUUCUGUGGCGAGACCUUUGAGGCCAUGGCCCACGUCCUCCGCGAGGCUUUGGACGAAUACUUUCCUCCCACCGUCAACAUCAUUGCGGAGCCCGGUCGAUACUACGUCUCCACUGCUUUCACCAUUGCCUGCAACAUCAUUGCGCGCCGCACCAUCAUGAACCCUGCCACCGGCGAGGCCAGCUACAUGGCAUACAUCAACGAUGGACUCUACGGCAAUUUCAGCAGCAUCAUGUUUGACCACCAGCACCCCGUUGCCAAGGUCCUUCGCACUGGUCGCCAGACUCUCUACGACACCUCUUUGGCUGAGUCCUACCCCGAGGGCGCUGGGGAGGGUCUCGAGUACUCCAUCUGGGGUCCUACUUGUGACGGCAUUGAUCGCAUCACUGAGAGCAUCCGCUUUGAUCAUGAGCUUGACGUUGGUGACUGGUUCUACUUUGAAAACAUGGGUGCCUACACCAAGUGCUCGGCUACUCGAUUCAACGGCUUCUCUGACGCCCACGAUGUCAUCUACGUAUGCAGUGAGCCCGGUGCUCGGGCUCUGAUGAACAUGUAA